GAGGCUAAACAAGAAAUGUUAAUCAACUUCUUUCGAAUGACAUCGUUUUUCGCCACACGAAGGCCGGAGAGCAGCUGCUGUAACCCGCGGAACAUGGGCGACCCUGGUCUUAAUUAUAAUGUCGUAUUUCCUCAGCCAAGCGGUUCUGAGAAGCGCUGGAAGGGCACAGAGGAGCCGGUGGUGAUACUGCUAGGAUGGGCGGGGUGCCGCGAUAAGCAUCUAGCAAAGUACAGUUCCAUGUACAACGAUCAGGGUUGCAUCACAUUCCGGUACACGGCCCCCAUGCGCUCCGUAUUUAUCUCCGAGUCUUUUGGCUACAGGGAGCUGAACACCACAGCUCACAAGCUGCUGGAAUUGCUGUAUGAAUACGAGGUGGAAAACCACCCCAUUUUCUUCCACAUCUUUAGCAACGGCGGCUUCAUGCUGUACCGCUACAUCGCAGAGCUCCUUCGUGAUCACCAGCAGUUCCGCACCCUACGGAUGGUGGGCGUGGUGGUGGACAGCGCUCCCGGGAACCGCAAUUUAAGAGGGGGUCUGCGGGCAAUAAGGGCUUCAGUGGGCCCCUCUGCCAAUGUGGUGGUGCUCUACACCCUGCUGCUGCUGUUCUCCUGCAUGGUGUUCCUCAUCCGCUUCGUGCUUUACCCGGUGACCAAGUUCAUCCACAAGAGCCACUACGAUAGCAUGCUGGAGAGGCCGUCCUCCUGGCCCCAGCUGUACCUGUACUCCCGGGCAGACAGGGUGAUCCAGCACCGGGAUGUCGAGAGGAUGGUGAAGGCCGUUCGGGAGAAGGGGCUUCCAGUGGAGAGCUUCGACUUCCGCUCCCCUGACCAUGUGUCCCUUUUCCGGGACUUUCCCGAGGAAUAUGCCAACCGCUGCUUGGUGUUCCUGCACCGAUGCCUGGGAGACAUGGACAGUACCCUGCAGAAGCAGCACUCGCCUGUGCCGUCCUAAGUGGUCUCGUCCAUUAUCCUGCGUGUCAGCGUGCAGUGUUUGUGACCUGUGCCUUCCACUGAAGCACUAAUUGAGUGGUUAUCCAGCAGAUAUUCCAAAUCAUGUUUCAAUUUGGAAAACACAGUGCACUGACAUGUGACACUUUGGGGCAUAAAUGUGUAACAGACUGAAUUGUAGUUUAAUGCCGUCUGUUUUUAAUAACUGGCAUUUGAAACAUUACCCAUUUCAACAUUACCCAGAAGCACUGGUCUGCUUUGGCUUUCUGUACGUGUAUGUCUGAAACGCUUUGCAGAAAUGCUGCUUUGUGUUCAGGCCUCAAGAUGUCAAGUCUUUGCAUGUUGCCGCAAGCCAGCAGAGCUGAAAUGUAUUCAUUUGCCGCAUUGUUGUUUGCUAAAAUAAACGCAAUUUAAGGACCAUGAAA